ACGACAGAGCUCAAAUGAACAAGCUACAUUUGAGGGAAAGAAAAAAAAAUCCAAACAUCAUAAUGGAUUAUGACCAUUUCGGAAGUGUUUUCUAUGAUAAUAAAUACGGACCUCUCUGCGCAGCCUAUCGGAUUCCGGGAUGCAAUACGCAUCCAAAUGAAAAGAACGCCAGUCCUUUCGCUAAUCCUUAUCCUUUUUAUCUCGGGACUCAUAGCAGUCGGAUCACUAUGGGACAGCGAAGCGGUGGGACAAAGCCAUGCUGAUAUUGCUGUAAAUGAGAGAAAAAGGCAAGUCUGUUUGGGCGCAAACUGGGCACAUGUAGGCAAGCUGCGUAUGCGUAAAAGUGCGCCAAAAUGUUCCUCAUCCUGCUCCUGGGGCUCUAUGUGGCCGCAGGUGAACUUGUCUCCCCAGUGAGCUCUUGCCCGUCGCAGUGCAGCUGUUUUUACCACAACCUGAGUGAUGGAUCAAAGGCCAGGAGCGUGAUUUGCAAUGAUCCCGACACAUCUGUUGUGCCUGUCGGGUUCCCUGUUGACACAUCCAAGCUCCGGAUUGAAAAGACGGCCAUCCAGCGGUUACCAAGCGAAGCCUUCAGCUACCUCUCCAGUCUGGAAUUCCUGUGGAUGUCUUUCAACACGCUCUCCGCCUUGAACCCAGACAGUUUUCGGGGCCUGUUCAACCUGGAGGAGCUUCGGUUGGAUGGGAAUGCCCUCACCGCCUUUCCCUGGGAAUCCCUCAUGGAUAUGCCCAGUCUCAGACUUCUCGAUUUGCACAACAACCAGCUCACCUCGCUGCCACCGGAGGCUACCACUUACAUCAAGAACCUCACCUACCUGGAUCUGUCCAGUAACAGCCUGCUGACCCUGCCGGCAGAGGUGCUCUCCACCUGGCUGGCGGCAAAACCUGCGCAAGGGCCAGAGAGCUCCAAAAUGAUACUUGGUCUCCAUGACAACCCCUGGGUGUGUGACUGUCGGCUCUACGACCUCGUCCAGUUCCAGAAGUUCCCAACUCUUUCAGUGGCAUUCAUUGACACAAGGCUCCGGUGUUCAGCUCCAGAAAGUGUAUCAGGGGUCUUGUUUAGUGAUGCAGAGUUGCGACGCUGUCAGCUCCCACAGAUCCACACAGCUGUGGCACGAGUCCGGAGUGCUGUUGGGAACAAUGUUCUCCUCCGCUGCGGGACCAUUGGAGUCCCCAUCCCAGACUUGACAUGGUGCAGGGCAGAUGGACGAGUCCUAAAUGGAACAGUCCAGCAGGAAACCUCAAAGGAGGGAAUCACCUGGUCCAUCCUCAGUGUCCCAGCAGUCUCCUAUCGUGAUUCAGGAAAAUACAUCUGCAAAGCCACUAACUACGUGGGGAAUGCUGAAGCUGUCAUUUCUCUCAUUGUGUCUAACUCACCAAAACCAGAAGGGAACCAAACUAGCAGCGACAACAAAGCCAAAGUCAAAAAACCCAACCAGAUGGGCAAAGCUGCCUACCAGGAGAAACUGGUGGCCAAGUAUGUGGUUCCCACUUCAAGCCCUUCAUCCCCGCCUGCCUUGGAUCCAGGCCUUCCACCUGGUCUUAGUCCUGAUCUUGAAUUAGAUAGUUACAGCCUGACUGACAGAGCCACUCCUGGGCCUGCCACCUCUUCCAACCCAGACACGCUACUAGAUCUGGAGAAGACUAAUCUAAGCAACCUGGCGGCCAACACCUCGUCGCUGCAACAGGACCCAGACAGGGUGGUGCGCUCAGUAAAGGUGGUGGGGGACACAGACAAUACAAUUUCUCUUAACUGGAGAGCCCCUAAAGCCAAGAACACAACAGCAUUUAGUGUGCUGUAUGCUGUGUUUGGUGAGAGGGACAUGAGGAAGAUCAAUGUCGGGGCGGGGCAGAACCGUGUAACAAUUGAAGGGCUUGUGCCCAGGACCAAGUAUAUUGCAUGUGUGUGUGUAAGGGGGCUUAUCCCCAAGAAGGAGCAGUGUGUCAUAUUUUCCACUGAUGAAGCAGCUAGUGCCACUGGCACCCAGAGGCUGAUAAAUGUGAUUGUGAUCACAGUGGCCUGUAUCAUCGCUGUCCCACUCACUGUAAUUGUGUGCUGUGGGGCACUGAAGAGACGCAUUCAGAAGUACUGGGGAAAGAAAUCCAAGGAUAUCCAAGAUUCCUAUGUGACCUUUGAAACACUGUCUCCUGCCACGAAGGCCAAAGGGCUUGAGGGAGAGUAUUUGAACAGAGUGAACCCAGAGGAGUCCAACAGGUUGCUGUCAGCCCGCUCCAGCCUGGACUCUGAAGCCACAGCUAAGAUAGAGGGACAGCCUAACGAGUACUUCUGCUGACAUCAUGCUCCAGCUCCAGCUCCUGCUCCACGCCAUCUCCCUCGCACUCACCCAUGUCCCAAUCCGAACCACAGUACCCAUUCACAUACCCAUCAACAACCCAACCCCCAUCUCCACCCACAUCCAUAUCCCCAACACUACCCAUUCUCUCACCCUCAGCAACAUCCAGAGGUCAGUCCUCCCCCCACACGCUCCCAUACACCCACACCAUGGGAUUCCACAGCACCGGUCCCUCCCCGCUGGGUCACGCCACCAACUCCACCUCCACAGAGAGCCAACUUCUAUCAAAGGACUUUUGCACGCUGCACUAUAAUGGAAAUAUCAGUUUAGAGAAUAUUUAACAUUUUAAUUAACUUGUCUUUUUCAGACUUGAUUGCAGAAUAUAAUUAUGUUUCUUGCAGAUGGACUGUCAUACACCGUACCUAUCCAUGUAGGACAACAUUCAGAUAAAAGAGUGUGCUCUUUUAUCAGUAAGCCUGUCAGAGAAAACAUGUCAAAAGUUGAAAGAACGUUACAAUCCCUGUCAUUUAUAUUUCAUUUAACUUGCAUGGCCCAGUUAAGAAACCUCUGCAAUCCAACCUGACUUAAAGGGAACUCAACGGCUGAUACUCCAUUGUUUAUAUCAUAUAUAUGUAUGUGUAUAUACUUUACUGCAUGAUGUACAUUUACAGUUAAGCCUGUGCCUCUGUAUAUAUCUGUCAUAGGUCCUCACAGAAGAUAUACACAUAGGCAUGGUUCAGUACUGGUGAGUGGAGAAAAGCUGGAGCUGGUGAGAAGUACAAAAAGGGCUGAACUAUGACUCUUUGUAAAUAGGGUGGAAAUGAUGCAAAAUGUUAAAAAUUUCUAUUCCCAGCAAUGAGACACACACGGAAAUAUCUCUAUGUACCUGUUUUGUGCCACGUAGAGGCAUCAUCACCCCA